CACGUGCCUUCAGGCUUGGCCGCAUCUCCCUGCGUGCAGCAGGCUCGGCCGCGGCGCUUCGCUUCCCUGGGAUCGCUGCGGCAGCCCCCAAGGAGAGACUAGGGUGGCGGGGGGCGCGGCGGCCAUCCGGCGUCGCUAGGUCUCCCCCCAGCCCUGGGCGACGCUGUGACCACUGAAGGCUGCUGGGAGCCGCGCCAGCGAGGACCCGACGCGCAGCGCUCACCUGGCGCAGCUUUCCGGGCCGGGGCCAGCUCUUCAGACCUCCAGCUGGCCAUGUGGUGAGUUCAGAGACCUGAUCAGGGAGUACCACAGCCAUCGGAGAACUCCUGUCUGUUCCGACCCGGUCCACACCAGCUCCAAGCCUGGAAAGAUGGUGUCACAGUCAACAGGCCCACGGGAUUCUCCUGCAGACCUCUGGGAAGGGAUCAGCCAUGACACUGACGGCUCACCCAACCUCCUGGACACUGACCACCCUCCUUGCCAAUUAGACAUCAGGCUUACAAGGCACAAAGCUGCCUGGAUUAACCCCCAGUGUGUGCAGCAACAACUGCCGGAUUUACCCCACCAGGUGUCAGCAGUGGAGACCAGUGGGAAGCAUUUUGUGGUGGAUGCUGCCUCUUCCUUGGGACCUUCACCAUCAUCUCUUGGGGAUCCCCUGGCAGAGACCCCAUUGUCUGAGGAUACUCUGGACUCCGUGGGCUCAGGUGAAAAGAAGAGCCACUUCUUCACCGCCAGAGAAGAGCUGCAGGCAUUCGCAGCACCUUCUCAGCAAGUGUCUCUGCUCAAAAGCCCUGCGACUUUGGCGUCUGCCCCAUUUCCUGAAAUCGAAAGUGCUGCUUUUGAGUCUUCCCACUUGACUGCUUCUGCUGAUGAAGGUGCUGUUCAAAUCAGGGGAGGAGCCAUUUCUUGGAAUUCCUUCUCACCAGAGCCAUUUGUGCUGCCUGCUGACAUAGAAAAGGAGAAUGCCCACUUUCAUGUUGCUGAUAUGAUUAUAUCAGCCAUGGAGAAAAUGAAGUGCAACAUCGUGAGUCAACAGCAGGCAGAGAGCUGGAGCAUAGAGGAAGCCAGCGAGUCCCUUGGGAAUGACCAAGUUGACUCUGAAGUGACCCUUUAUACCAACCCAAAGCAAGAAUCCGGGUCUUCCCCUUCCUCCGACAGUGGCUGUGAAGGUUGUGCGGUGUUCCAGGUCAGCUCGACUGUUGAAACGCCUUCUCACUAUAAUGUGGUGCAAGAGGCCUGCAGAUGCGACUCUGAUGGGUUCGUUAUUGUAGAAGUUGGAGAGUUUAAUGACAUCCGAGAAACCUGUAGCUGUUCCUACAGGUCCUCUAAGAGUGUUUCUUAUGAGACAGACUUCAAUUCUGCUGAGGUGUUAGCCAAAGAGUUGUACCGAGUAUUCCAGAAGUGCUGCAUGUUGUCAGCAGUUAAGUGUCAGCGGGCAGAUUCCCUGAAUGCAAGUGACUCAGUAGUUGUAAAUGAAGAAAAUGUUCGAAAAGACUUUGAAUCCAGUGUGGAUAUAGUACAGGACAUUAAAUUUAAGUCUAGGAUCAGAGGGACUGAAGACUGGGACCCCCCUAGUUUUCAAAUCAUACUUAAUCUUCAUCCACCACUGAAGAGGGAGCUGGUGAUAGUGGCCCAGAAUUUUUUCUGUGCUGGCUGUGGAACUCCAAUAGAGCCUAAGUUUGUGAAGAGGCUCCGGUACUGUGAAUACCUGGGGAAGUAUUUCUGUGACUGCUGCCACUCGUAUGCAGAGUCCUGCAUCCCUGCACGGAUCCUGAAGAUGUGGGACUUCAGGAAGUACCCUGUCAGCAAUUUCUCCAAACAGCUGCUGGAUAGCAUAUGGCACCGACCCAUUUUCAAUCUGCUGAGUGUCAGCCAGAACCUGUCUGCAAAAGUCAAGGAACUGGACAGGGUGAAGGACUUCCAGGAACAGCUUUUUCAUAUCAAGAAGCUGUUGAAGACUUGCAGGUUUGCUGCCAGUGCAUUAAAGGAGUUGGAGCAGGUUCCCAGACACUUGACUGAUGAGCUCCACCUGUUCUCCCUGGAGGACCUCCUCAGGACCAAGAGAGGGCUGCUGGCACCCUGGCUCAAGGACGUUCUGAAAGCAGCCCUUGCGCACGUGGCUGACUGUGAGCUCUGUCAGGGAAAGGGCUUCAUUUGCGAAUUUUGCCGGAGCACAUCUGUCAUCUUCCCUUUUCAGACGGCAACCUGUAGAAGAUGUUCAGUCCUCCAGGUGCCCUCGAUGUGCCAGGAUCACCACUCGGAGAAGACUCUUGGAAAGUUUGCCCUCUGCAGCAACAUGAUGACCCUGAGCAUUGCGAGCCAUCGUUCAACAUGCCUUAUGAGAAAAACGACUUGUGUCUAUUACUGUCACUUCGUUUUUGGUAUCAGGAAUUUUAAAUUUAAGGAAAAUGAUGGGCCAAAUUCACUUCACUAUGUACAUACAUGUACAUAUUUAAUGUUUUAAAAAUGCAGAAUUCUUGUUAUGAAGCAUAUUUUUGUUACUAGUAUGUGUUUACACAGUAAUAUAUUGGUGUGUUUACACGUGUGACAUUUUUGCUGCUGCUAGGAUUAUUUAAGAGUUUUUUUGGACAAUUCAUAAGUUGUAUUGUAAUAGUUGUCUUUAGUUACUCUCAGAGCCUCUUGUAUAAAUUGUAAGUGACCAGAUGAAUUCCUCGGUGCCUCUUCUUUAAAGCUUGUUUGGUGAAACUGGUACUUUCAAUGAACAAAAAUGCAACCCAAAAUCUGUUUGCUCAAGAUUUUUUUCCUUCAAGAAACAGACUCCUACCUAAAUGCCGUUGUGUAAUCCUGUCAGCCUUCCAUACCUAUUACAGGUUUUGCUUCCAAAGUGCAUGUGACUUAGCAUGCGCAUGAGGGUCCAGAGGUGCAAUUAGACGUGUUUGCCUCCAGGUGGCAGUGUUGCAAUGGCACACACACACACAGCCUGUUUGCCAUCUCUGUUCCACAUGAGUUCCUGCUAAGUCAAGGGAGACCUGGCAGUAAAACUUCAUCCCUGCUCUUUGGAACAUAGACACAAAAUCAAGCAUGGGUGUUUGAGGACUUGAGAAAACUGGGGGAAAAUACUCUUAAUGAACAAUGUGAUUCUAG